AUGCCAGAGCAAGUUGAGGUUGCCGAAGCCACACCACUUCCAGAUGCCAGAAACAAAUAUCCAAACCCAUUAGCCAAUUUCAGUAAAGGUUUAGGAUACCCUGAAUGGCAUCCAAUUGACACUCGUAAAGAAGUUGGCCAAUUAUUUAAAUUCGGCUUCUACUCAACCGUUGGGUCAUAUGCCUUCUUGUACAUUUGGAAAAGAACCACUUUCAAGUUGGAGAUCCCCAUAUCGGUGGUUACGUUCCUCACAGUAGCCAAGGGUGUACAAUCAUCAUUGGCCAACUUGAGAGAAAAGAAUGAUUGUUGGAACACGUUCUGGGGGUUGACUGCUGCAAACACGGUGGUUUUGAGUGCUGCUUUUAGAUCCAUGCCAGCUAAACACAAGGUAAUAACGGGGGCUUUGGGUACCUCGUUGGCAACUAUAGUUGACCGUGCAUAUUGGGCCCAAUCUACAAGUAGUCCAACUACUGACGCUAAAUACGAAUUGGCAAAUGAGAACAAAGAUUUACCACAGCAGGGAUUCUGGGAUAUCUGGCAAAGAAGACCAAUCACCCAAACAGUAGAGGAGUUGGGGGUUGGACGUGGUAUUUUCAAACCAUAA